AUGAACAUUGAAGUUAAAAAUAUUUCUUAUACCCAAGCAACCAUCUCCUGGUCUACACAGGAGUCCUGUGUGAAGAACGAUUACCAUGUUGUGUACAGGCCCAACUGGAACAGCAUCUUCUCAGGCUACCCACGCCACCCCUUUCACCAUGAAGAAAAGGUCCCCGGAACCCUCAACUCCUUGGUCCUUCGCCAACUUGCUCCAUCCACCGUCUACUUUCUGUGUAUCACUUGCAAGAAUUCCUACCCUUCCAGCAAUCACUGCACUCUGUUCCAUACCCUGGAUAGGAGCUCCAAGGCUACUCAUGGCUCCCAGCUGGAUCCUGGCGUGUCUCUUUGGAUGGUCACAGCUCUUCUCCUUGCCUGCUUUGUGGCCAUCUUAGCCUUCUUCUGUCUCCAGUUCUGGUGUCUGAGGUGCCAUGAACCAAGAUGGUCAUACCACUCAGACCAGCAAGAAGAAGUUGAUGAGUUGGUGAGGUGGGCUGAGGGGGUUCCAGGCCUUGGGCGGAGGGAGGAAGACUUGCAGGGGUUCCCCAUGACAGCACUACUAACCAAGAGCUCUAGUGGUAUGACUGAGAACUCCCACAGUUCUCCCUCUACCUGCUUUUCCCCUAAGGGGACUCAUGAUCAUGCUGUUAUAUUUCCUCAUUGUGGCCCAUGA